UCCACGGUAAGAUCCUCUCCCCUAACUUUCUCCUCAUGACCUAUAAUAAAAGAUCUCAUCUCUUAGAACUAUCUCGUACCUCUUCCCAUCUUUCUUCUAAAACAUUCCAUCUGAUUUGGUGAUAGAGGUUGAGUCCAGCAAACGAAGAAAUGAUGUGCGUGCAGCAUACUACCUAGAUUUUCAAGAUGAUAAAGAGAUUGUCGGAGAAUGUGAGCAACCUCCGGUUGCUGACGAGAAGUUGCUCACUUUAUUCUUCAUGGGGAGGAAGUGCAGCUCCGCCCACGUAUGCGUGGAAGGUUGCAGGGGAAGACCCCUCAUCACAAAAGCAAUUGAAUGGCGUCCAUGCUUUCCAGUGUCCGGACAAGUCAGGAAUAAUGGCGAAGUUGACAGAAUGCAUAGCUUCUCAUGGCGGGAAUCUCAUAAAUGGGGACGUCUUUGUCAGCAGUCAGAAACAGGUCUUCUACUCUAGGAGGUAUCAAGAUGGCGACUCCCAAGCUCGAAAGAUCUACAAGUCGGAAGGCUCUCCUCAGGGAAAAUCAAGCCAGGACAAGGGCGACCUCCUCCAGCCUAGCAUCGACAAGGACGGCCUUCUUUGGACUAACGUCAUCAAGGGCGACUUCUCCAAUCCAGUAUUCCAAGGUGAGCAAGUCAGUGAGUUUGUCUAUGAUCCUUUGCAGUGGCCACGGGUAGCUAUGGAUGAGGAUUUUGGGAAGCUGGCAAAGAUGUUCAGUGCCCAGAAGUCAAUUGUGAGAGUGCCAGAGAUAGAUGCCAAAUUCAAGAUUGCUGUCCUGGCUUCACGACAGGAUCAUUGCUUGGUUGAUUUAUUGCAUGAAUGGCAGGAAGGGAAACUUCCCGUUGAAAUCACUUGUGUAAUUAGCAACCACAACAGAGAGCCAAACACUCAUGUUAUUCGGUUUCUUGAACGCCAUGGAAUUCCAUACCAUUAUUUUCCAAUAAGCAAAGAAAAUAAGAGGGAGGAGGAAAUCUUGAAAUUGGUUGGCAACACAGACUUCUUAGUACUGGCUCGAUACAUGCAGAUCCUUUCCCAAAAUUUUUUGGAGAACUAUGGAAAGGAUGUCAUAAAUAUUCAUCAUGGGCUUUUGCCAUCUUUCAAGGGAGGAAACCCUUUCAGACAGGCUUUUGAUGCAGGUGUGAAAUUGAUUGGUGCGACAAGUCAUUUUGUAACAGCAGAACUUGAUUGUGGGCCUAUCAUAGAGCAAAUGGUACAGCGCAUCUCUCACAGGGAUACAUUGUUAUCAUUUGCACAAAAAUCUGAGAACCUUGAAAAACAGUGCCUAGCAAAAGUAAUCAAAUAUUACUGUGAGCUUCGUGUUUUGCGGCUGGGUGAUACCAAAACAGUUGUGUUUGACUGAUAAUAAAAUUUAAGAAUUGAUUUCCUGCAUCAGGUACAUAUAAAAAUCAUAAUGAUGCCCUCAGUAAUUUAGUUUACAAAAGUAUCUACCGAUCCAAAUGGAUUAUUAAUUUAAUAAUUUUUUCUGUAAUACUGUUGCACCCUGCUGAAACAUGCUCAAGUAAUGCAGUUUUGUGCUUAUACAAGCAUGCAUCACCUAAGUAUACGCAGAGGAUAAAUAUUUUUUAGGUCUAUUCAUAUUGAGAAUGUUUUCCUUCCCCUAGGGAUUAUGAAUUGUCUCAACUUCAAUUAUUUUCGUAAUAUCCCGUUUAUGAAUUGUAGGUUA